AUCCUCCUCAUCCUCGAUCCUUAUCCUCCUCAAUCCUCAUCCUCGAUCGCUCCUCUCAUCCACCUCGAUCUCCUCUGCUCCCGACGCACACGAAUCCCCGCCCUUCUGCCCUGAUCUGCUCUCGGCGCGCGUUCUAAGCUCAGAUCAUGCCGACGGCCAUCCGCAAGCGCCCGGCGGCGGGACAAGAACCGCGCGUCCAUGGCGGCAAGAAGCCCCGAUACGCGUUCGGGAGCAUCACCGACUACGAGAAGCUUGAGGUGCUCGGAGAAGGCACCUACGGCGAGGUGUUCAAGGCGCGCGACCGCCGCACCGGCAAGAAGGUCGCCGUGAAGUGGGUCCGCGGCAACGGGGCCGGCGGACACGGCCCGCCCGACAUCCGCGCGAUCACCCGCGAGGCCGGCUGCCUCGGCGCGUGCCGGGGUCACGAGUCGAUUAUCGAGAUCUUGGAUGUGGCGACGGAUGCCGAGACAGGGGACGUGUUCCUCGUCAUGGAGCUCGUCGCCGACGGCCGCACCCUCCGCGAGUCGCUCUGGAGGCCUGUAUCCGAGGACGUGACCCGCGUGAUGAUGGAUCAGCUCCUGGAUGCGGCGAAGAAGAUACAUGGAGCCGGCCUCAUCCAUCGGGACUUCAAGCCGGAGAACGUCAUGGUCGGCUUCUUCGGCGGGCUCAAGGUCGGUGACUUUGGGUCGGCGAUUCGGGCGAAGCCGGCCGGAGUGCCCUAUGAGGAGUGCUGUGUCGGCACCCUGAUUUACACAUCGCCGGAGCAGCUGGAAGGCAACCGGUACUACGGCCAGGCCGUGGACAUGUGGGCGCUUGGGUGCAUCAUGGCGGAGAUGUUGGCCGGCGGGACCCUCUUCGUGGCGGAGACAGAGGAGGAGCUGCUUGCCGAGAUCUACAAGCUGCGAGACCAGAUCACUUCUACGGGGAAGCUGGAUUUGGAGUUCUUGGAGGAGCUUUCAGAAGCCGGGCGUGAGGUCCUGACCGGCCUGCUUGCCUUCAACCCUGACGAGAGGAUCACGGCGGCAGAAGCGCUCGAGCACCGGUGGUUCAGCAAGCCCAAGGCAGCAGAGCACCCUGGCUUUGUGACGUUGAUGAGUUAAUUAGCUUGAUCUAGCAACUGAUAGAUGCAGUGCCACUGAGUUAGCUUAAUUACUGUGUUAUUAUGUACUGUAGUAAUUAGUUGCAGGAACCUUAGUUUAUGGGUUCCUCGCCAUGUAAUCUUGUGAUUCAGUUACUGUAGCAUGGAAAUUACAUUACAUGAUGGAGCUAAAGUUUGAACGUUUCU